AUGUCGAACCUGUCGCGCGCCUUCACCCGGCGUAAUAAGCGACCGGAAGUGUCCGCACCCAUGCCAUACCGCGGCGAGGGGCAUGUGCGACUGAAUUCGGGAACCAUCAAGCGGGGCAAUAUAUCAGGCCCCGUCCAGCUGCUGUCCACCACCAACAUGCUGGCCUACAACGCGCCCGAUCUCAACUCCGCUUCAUCUUCGGCCUCUUCGCUCCGCUCCGACGACGCCAUGUCUCCCCAGAGCUACGCUUCUUCCAUGACCUCGCCAGAUGUCUCUCCUCACGAGAGCUCGCCCGAGCCUAACCCUCUGACAUCUUACUUCCCCAAGCGCUCGGCCACCGUCACCAGCCACCCGCGCUCUUCCACAUCGUCGACCGAGGCCCCCGUGGUGCCGAAGCGCGCCCUGUCCCACACUAAGCGCUCGCACCAAGAACUCGCUCGCAAGCGAUCGGUCUCCCGGAUGUCGCCUCCGCCAUUGAAUGCCCCGCGCAGCACGCCUGCCAUUCGCGCCUCGCAGGACUUCUUCCAGCCUGAGCCUCAUCCUUUCAGCAAGGAACUGGAGCAGGUGAAUGAGGUGGCUGAGGAAUUUGGUGGGUUGAAUCUACUUGAUGAGGAAGAGCGGAUCCUUCACACGAAAGGCCUCAAGAAGUUCUCUGUGGAGGAUUAUCUGGUGGAGGUCGAGGAACUCUACGGCAGCAUUUUCGAUGGUGAUAACCGUGGAUCCCUGUACACAUCCUGGUUCUAA